ACGGGCCCGACCAUACUCAACCACUAGCAGGCAUGGGAGGUGGAAGUGAUUCAUCCGCUGGUCCCGACAUCUACUGCUCCGCCGGUCGGCACAUAGACCGCUCCUCGAGUCAGCUGCGCUCCAGGUCAACAAUGGCAGUGGCCGCCAGCCUCGCGAUGCUUCUGUGCCUCCUGACUCUGUACCUGCUAUCCAACUGGUCCGGGACGGGGCGGGCCGAUGCUCACUCUCUCUGGUAUAACUUCAACAUCACUCAUUUGCCCAGACAUGGACAACAGUGGUGUGAGGUCCAGGGCCAGGCUGAUCAGAAGAAUUUUCUCUUCUAUGACUGUGGCAGUGACAAAGUCUUAUCUAUGGGUCACCUAGAAGAGCAGUUGGAUAUCACAGAUGCCUGGGGAAAACAAUUGGAAAUGCUGAAACAGGUGGGACAGAGGCUCAGAAUGGAACUGGCUGACACUGAGCUGGAGGAUUUCACGCCCAGCGGACCCCUCACACUGCAGGCCAGGAUGUCUUGUGAGUGUGAAGUCGAUGGACCCAUCCGUGGAUCUUGGCAAUUUAGCUUCAGUGGACAGAAGUUCCUCCUCUUUGACUCAAACAACAGAAAGUGGACAGUGGUUCAGGCUGGAGCCAGGCGGAUGAAAGAGAAGUGGGAGGACAGCAGACUAACCAUGUUCUUCCAGAAGGUCUCGAUGGGAGACUGCAAAACCUGGCUUAGGGACUUCCUGAUGCACAGGAAGAAGAGGCUGGAACCCACAGCACCACCCACCGUGGCCCCAGGCACAGCCCAUACCAAAGCCAUGGCCACCAGCCUCAGUCCCUGGAGCCUCCUCAUCAUCCUCUGCUUCAUCCUCCCUGGCAUCUCAGCAGAGUCCUUUAGAGUGACAGGUACUGUGGGCAAAACUGUGAGGGGAACAAGAGACCGAUAGGGGAGGUGGGGGGAAGGCAAAGGAGAAUUCCCAGAGCCCCACCCCUCCCCAUGGCCGGGAUCUUUUCAUCCUGACAUGAGACAGAUGAAUGAGACCUGGUGUCGCCUGUUGGCAGUGACCUGGGUAGCUCAACUUUGGGUUCUGAUGGAUUCUCACCAUCGGGGCCAGAGGGAAAGGGAGGGGCCCAUACCAAGGCUCAGGGCCUGUUGAGCUUGAGAGGGUUUAGACAAUUCAGGCCUGUUUCAGAGCAGGUUUCUAUUCAGGAAGGGUAGGGGCGUGUGGCCUGCAGGCAGCAGGAACUCAGGCAUGGGCGGUCCGCACAAUAGGAGAGGAGCAGUAUGGCCACUUCACCUAGGAUGUCAAGGGAAGGGUGUCCCUGGAAGAGGCUAAGAAGAGAGAGACCUGGGGGAAUUCCAGGAUGAGGGGGCCGUGAGGGCCUUGGCCCACCCAGUUUCUCCCAGUUCCUAAAGCUGCAUUUCCAGAGAAAGCACCUUGAGUCCCAGCAGUUAAGGUGGAAGGUGAAGAGUAGAGCUUGUCCAGGACGAGGUUUAGGAAAUGGCCAAGCCCCUUGGACCCAUGGGAUUCCUGGCCGGACCCUGGGGUGAUGCCCCUGCCAUUCUGCCUCCUGCACACUCCAGAUCCUGAGCCAGCUGAUGGCCCUGCCUGGAGCAGAGUGGACUCAGACAGGGAGGCUGAGCUGCUGCUAGAGGUCCAUGGUUGCCACUGAGCUUGGCUGGGAAUGAAUGGGGCGAGGCAGGGGCAGUCCCAUUCAGAGCUAUGGGUGCAGCUCCCAGGGUGAGGAGAGUAUG